AUGUCCCUCCUCUCCCUCGCCCCCAUCCUCUUCCUCCUCCCAACCCUCACAACAGCCCAAGACCCACCCCCAAUCUUCCCAACCCUCGACUCCCUCAACAUGCUAGGCACAGGCUGCCCCCUCGGCGGAGGUGGCAUAGGCGCCGGCGCCGUAAACGGCACCCCCGUAUUCAAAUUCACAAUGUGGAACCUCAACCUCGCCGACCUCGACUCCGAAGACUCCGAUUCCGCUGGAGAAGACCCCGACGACGAAAGCCGCCCCGCUAACUCGGUCGAAAAGUUUUGCGUUGAAGAAAUGCAGUUGGGUGGCGGCCCGCCGGGGUAUCGGAUUCGUAUCCCUGCCGUCACGGUUAGUGGUGUUGCAGAGCUUGAGGAGGGGAGUGCGUUGAAGGUGGCCGUUGAGGCGACCUUAGGUGAUAUAGAAGGUGGUACCGGAGAACUCACCAUCCUCCCCGCAGACGUAACCUCCUCCAACUUCACAGCCCACGUCGAAACCUCCCCCGAGACCUGGUCCGACUGCAUAGCCGACGACGGCACCGUCCCCUUCAUCCGCGUCAAGACCACUCUGACCCUCUACCGCGAGGGCGACGAGCCCACGGCCGGCACCGUCGGCUCGGACGACGAGUCGCUUGAUAACGCGCUGAGCGUGCACUUCCAGGCGAUUUGGGAGGAGUGCGAGUAG